AUGUCGGAGGUUGCCUCGGGGCUGGCUAGGCGGGCGUACUGGUUGUGUGCUAAGCGUGGCUGUAACGCUUGGAAUUGGUGUGACAAGCGGUGGACGUGCAAGGCGUGCGGCACCAGUGCUCCCCCAUGGACGAAGGAGUACCGCUCCGACAAGGCCCCCCCGCGGGUGGACGCUGACGGGUUCGUGCAGCAGCCCAGGGGUAGGGCUGAGCAGCGCGCGGCGAGGCGCUCGGCCUCCCAGCGGGCCCUCUCGGGGAGCACCGCGCCCAGCAGCGCCCCCAACAGCAGGGCACGGCGAGCGCGGCCCUGGGGAGAGGCCAAGUCCCAGAUCGAGGAGCUGCAGGCGCAGCUCGUGGCGGCCAGGGAGCGCGUCGACACGCUCCAGGGGGCCUCUGCGCUCGGGCUCUCAGUGGACUUCCAGCGUGAGGCGGAGAAUGCCCUCCAGCAGGCCAAGGACCAGGUCGCCGCCCUGGAGCGGUCCGUCCAGGAGGCCCAGCGGACCGAGCGUCCGCCUCACUCGGUGCUCCACAUUGAGGCCAACGCCAUUCAGAAGGUCGAACGCCAGCUGGCCACGGCUCGUACCAAGAGGGAGAAGCUCCAGCUGCAGGCGUCCGAGCUGCGCGAGCUCAUCGCGGAGAAGCAGGAGCAGCUCUCGGCAGCCGAGUUGGGAGUUGAUGAAGUCACUGGGCAGAUUGCUGUGCUGGAAGAGACCAGGGCCAAGGCCACGCAGCAGGCGAUCCAGCGGGCCAACGCAGCUGUCGGAGGCGUGCCGAGCCCGCUUGGGGACGCCGUCCAGGGGUUGCUCACUCAAGUCGGCGCCCUUUCGGAUCUCCUCAAGCAGCACGGAGCCGAGCUGCCUCCCAGGUUUUCCGAGAUCGUCGAGAUUCUCAACACGCAGAAGGAGGCGGUCGCUGAUGUGCUCAGGCCCCGUAGCAGCUCGGCCAGGAAGCGUUGGGGCGACAGCGUCGGCGACGAUGGCCUCGCGACCGAGGAUGACGACAUGCCGCUCGACAUCGUGGCCUCUGGGGGGCCUGAUGCCGCCCCUCCCGUUGCAGCCCCGCAGGCAGGGCCGACCGCGGCUGGGCCGCCAGCCACGCGGGCCAGGCCAGCGGACGGACCCUACGGCCCUGCAGCGGCCCGCGGACAGCACGGGGCGACCCUGGGCGCGUGGCCUCAGGUGGAGCCCUGCAUCGCAAAGGCCCUCGCCGAGCAAGGGGCGGCCCUCUCGGACGGCGACCCCUUGGCAGCCGUCAUCGGCAAGGCGCCGCUGGUCGGCAGGGCAGGAGGCCAGCAGCUUCGAGCUGGCCUAGUCAUGUUCGGCUGCAAUGGCAACACUUGGAGCAGGAGUAUUGAAGCCAUCGAGGCCUUCUUCAAGGCGUACGACUACUGGCCCGACGUAGUGGCGCUGCAGGAGACGAGGCUCCCGCAUGAGCGCUUGCCCAGUGCGGCGGCUCAGGCCCGCGGCCUGGGUUACGCGGCCUUCCUCCACGAGGCGGCGCUGACGGAGAAGCAGGGGCCCCAGGCGACCUCAGGCGGCGUGGCGAUUCUGGUGCGGGACGGCUUGCAGGCCGACGAGUCUGCGUACCCGUUGCCCUCGGCCUUGCGGCACCGCCUCAUCGGGGUGGAGGUCGCCGCCGCCUCGGGCCUUCGGAUCCUGGUGCUCGCUGGGUACUUUCAGCACUCUGUGGGCCCUCGAGGCACCAACCUGGACAUGUUUUCGGCCAUCUCGGAGGUGACGGGCUCUUCUGCCGACAUCCCGUGGGUCCUCCAAGCCGACUUCAACAUGGAGCCCGAGCCCCUGGAGGAGUUGGGGUGGCCCGCGGCGGUGCGGGGGCACGUCCUGGGGCCUUCGGAGGCGACGUGCCAUGCCGAGGGAUGUGACCACCUCUACGACUGGUUCGUGGCUUCCGCAGCGUUGGCUGCCUGCACGGCCUCCUGCGCCACCACACUCGAGGGCUUCGGUCUGCACCCUCAUCGCCCUGUCCUGCUUCGCCUCCAGGACGUUCGGGCAGAUGCGUUGGUGGAGGUUCCGUCCAGGCCCGCACGCUUCCCCGAAGUUGCUCCUGAGCUCCUUCGGGCGCACGAGGACGCCGAGAUUGUGUGCUACUCGGUUGGCAAGAAGGGACAGGCCACGCCCAGGGGCGUCGAGUGGUCCUGGGACGCAGGCACGUCACCGACCAACCUCUCCGUCGCCUUCAGCGAGUGGGCGGCGGCUGCCGAAGGCACCCUGGUCGCCAUCCACGGCAUCGGCCAGGCAGACUUGGCCCGUCAUCUCGGCAGAGGAGAGGGGCCUCGGCUGUCCCUCAAGCCUCUCAGUGCCUUGGUCAGACGGGAUGCCAGGUUCAGGUUCAGCCUCCUCACGCACCGCUUGAGGAGCUGCCUGGACGUGGCCCUCCAGCGGGUGCGCGCUGAGAGGACUGGCCGCUGGCACCCACGGCAUGCUGACUGGUACGGGCACCAGGCCGAGCUCAGGGCGCAGCUCUUGCUAGAGGCGGUGCAGGAGGCUGCCGACUCGGUAGGUGGGGCUCUCCCUGGCGCAGCUCCUGAUCGACUAGGCGACCUGGUGUUUCAGGCGGGCGUCCACGGCAGCCCUGAUGCCGUUCGGGACCUCCAAGGGCUGCUCGGUGCAUCGCAGCGCCGCGACGCUGCUCAGAGCGCCCAGGCCUGGCGCAACUGGGCACAGACUGCGGUCGAGAAGGGCGGUCGUCUGGCCCACCGCUUCUCGAAGGCGACGCCUCCGCCGACGGUCAGGGACGCUGACUCGGGCAGGAGGCUUGUUGGGAUGGCAGCGAUCGGCGAGCUCACGAGUGUCUGGCAGAAGCUGUGGCUCCAGGAUGGGUUCGCCCUGGGCGCAGGGGCCAGCAGCUGGGACGUUGGCGAGUGGCGGCUGCCACCCAUCUCGCUGGAGCAGCUCCAGGCGGCCUGCAAGCGCUACAGUACGGUGUUGGCUGGGUGUGCGUGUGCGACAGCAGUUGCGAAGCUCCCAGUGCUGGGCGCCCUCCUGGCCGCGGGGGCGACGUGCCCGCUUGUCACGCCGAGGAAUGUUGUCGACGACAUCUCGCUCCAGGCCGUCGGCACGGCCCGACUCGUUAAGCAGCAGCUGUUGGCCUCCAGCUGUGAAGUGGUCCGCCAGCUGCGUGAACAGCACCUCCCACUCAACGAGAGUAAGUCGGUCUUCCUGGCAUCGUCGCCGCAGCUCGCCAAGGAACUUUCCGAGGCGUGGGCAGCGCAGGGCUUGGCCUUCAAGAGGGGUCUGCAGGCGAGGAACCUCGGCACCGACGCCAACAUUACUCGUCGAGGGGUGCAUGAAGGUGCUGUGCGUGCGGGCGGCGGCCUUCGGCGUGGACGCAGGCUCGGGGUGCUUCGCUCAGCUGGUGCGGCGACCGAGAUGGUCCACCGUGCUGGGCCCACCGCGGCGAUGCUGUGGGGGCGUACUGUGACUGGUGUACCUGAUAGGGAGUUUCAUUCGUGGCGCUUGGCUGCUGUGCGAUCGGCUGGGAAGUUCCCUAAGGGCGCCUCACUCGGGCUGAGGCUCAGAGCGGUGGAGGUCAUGCGGUCCAUCGACCUCGACCCGAGCCCCGCGCUGCUUCGUGCCGCUGUGCAGAUGGCGGCCAGCCUCCUUCAGUCGGGGGAGGUCUCGCAGCGCAUGUUCGAGGCGGCCGUGCAGGAGGCGGAGCGGAGGCAUGCGGGUGCAGCAGCCCCAUGGGCGCACUGCCGUACGCCAGUGGACGCCUUGGCCCUCUCGCUCACCAGGGUGGGCUGGAGGCUCGUCCAAGGCACCCGCCUCGCCACCGACGACGGCCACAUCCUGGACCUGCGCAUGAUGGGGCCGCGCGAGCUGGGCCUGCUGGCAGCGGCAGGGGCGCGGCGCGCUUCGGACAGGUCGGAGCUGGCCCGCCUUGGCCACGGUGCGCUCCCCCCGUCGCCCCUGUUCUGGGAGGCCUUCUCGGAGGUCCUCGGGCCUGGCAGCAAGCUCUGCCCCAGGGAGAAGGCGGCGGUGUUGAGUUUCCUUUCCAACGCCCACUGGCCCCAGACCCGUCUGCACUCGGCAGGGGAGAGGGAGCAUGCUCGCUGCUGCGCUUGCGAUGCACCCCGCGGCAGCCUCUGGCACAGGCUGUUCGAGUGUCCCGUCCUCGCGGGGCCGAGGUCGGAUGCCAUGGCGGUCAUGUGGUGCAAUCGCCCCGCCGACGGUCUCCUCGGGGGGCGUCUAUACCUGGAUGGGUCGGCGCUCGACACCGAGUACGAGAGCCUACGGCGUGCGGGUUGGAGCAUCGUGCAGUGCGACUCCGACGGCAACAUGGAGUGCGCGGUGCACGGCAGCGUGCGCCUAGACCUCUGCCCUUUCCAGACGGCCAAGGACGGCGAGGAUUUCGCGGUCUGGAUGCUGUCUCGCUUCCUGGGCCCGAGUGUGGACGAGAUCCUCAUCGAUUGUGCGUCUACGGUCAGCUGCCUCACGUUGGGCAAGAGGUACGCGACGGCAGCCAACAAGCCCAAUGCCCAUCUCUGGGAGGGGAUCUACGCCUCGCUGGACGUGGACAUGCUCAAGGUUACCAAGGUGGCAGCCCACUGCACCGCCAGAGAUGUGAUGGAUGGCAAGAUCACGGAGGCGGACCUCCGCGGCAAUGGUCAUGCCGACCGCUGGGCCAAGGCAGGUGCGGAGCUGCACCGCUCCAGCCCCGUGGCCAAGCGCGAGUUCUUCGGCACGAUGGAGGUGGUGAGGGAGCUCUCAUGCUGGGUGGCGCAAGCCUCCCUCAUUUGGCAGGGGUUCGAGGUCAAGGACUGCGAGGGCCUGCCUGAGGGCAGCGAGCGGACGGCUGUUUCCUUCGCCGUGCCCGUGGUGGAGCCCGCCAGCAGCCGCCCGUCCGACUCGGGUUCGGGCGACGGGUGGGCCUCGGCGGCGCGCGCUGGUGGGGUAUCCCUCGGCGCGACGGCCUUCGUCGUCGCUGGCCACGUCCUGGCCUUCGCCAGAUGCGGGGAGGGCGCCGCCGAGCAGGAGCUGAUGGCGUGCACCCACUGCGGGGCGCACGCGCGGCUGGGCGGGCGCUCAGGCGCGGCGCCCAAGCUCAAGGAGCAAUGCCCAGGGUCUGCUGGGCUUCCCAAGGGCAGGCGCGACCAGAAGGCACGCUGGAUGCAGGGGCGGCAUCCUGCUGGCACGCCCCACAGCGGCAGCAAGCGGGUCGGCGCGGCAGUGCCCAGCCUGCGCAAGGAGGACGUGGUGCCGAUGGACGCCAGGGUGCGCUUCCUGCAGUGGCUGGGGGUCCGCCCCGAGGAUGCCCCUGGCGGGGAGGCCGCCGGCGCCAGCCGCGGGCCCCCCAGCGGCGCGGCGGCCGCUAGCGAUGCGGCGGCUGAGCCGCUGGAGCCUGGCCCCGCGGGGGCCUCGCGGGAGGCGCGGCUUGGUGCCUACGGCCUGGACGAGGCGAGCCUCCUCGAGUGGUCAGCAGUGGCUGAGUCGGCGCGAGAGGACAGGCGCAAGAGGCGCCGCCUUGCAGAUGGUGAUGAGGGGUCGUGA